AUGCAAUACCAAACCGUUCUCGCUUAUAUCUUCCUCGCGCUGUUUGGCUUGACAUUUGUUAUGGUUCAAGCCAACAAAGAACGUGAACAAUUCACCGAUCUCUUGCAAAAACGAAAACAUCUUAACGGUUAUUGGGUAGGCAAACGAUACGUUGUUGCAUCGGAGGAAGAUUUCGAUGAUAGUGAUGAAGAUCUCUCGGCCGCUAAACGAGCAUCCUAUUUAGUAGGCAAACGUGGUACAUAUUUAGUCGGUAAACGAGCCUCUUAUCUGGUUGGACGUAAGCGUCGUGAUUUGAUGGCUGCAGAGCAUAUUCAACCUUAA